AUGUCCUCAGGGAGCUCCACAGGACAAAUGCCAAAACCUUUCAGAACUUACUUGCAAUCAUUGAUGCUGUCCCUGGCCGCGACGAUGACGCUUUUUUUAGACAGGCAGGCUCGGGCGACAUGCGCGGCCGCAGGCACGCAGGGGGCGGCGCACGACUUAGUCGGGUUCUUUUCGCAGCUGCGUGGACUGCGACUCGGGCUGCGGCUGCGGCUGCGGCUCGGGCUGCGGCUCGGGCUGCGGCUCGCGCUGCGGCUCGCGCUGCGGCUGCAGCUCGGGCUGCGGCUGCGGAGGGGGGUCGCCCGCUGA